AUACAUGAUUAAAUAUCAAAAUAUCGUUCACAAUCGCAUAUUCUGUACAUCGUAUUGUAACAUACCUCUUGAAAAAAAUUAAAUUUGCAUAUCUUACUCCUGAUUGGUUUAUUCUUCUUCUUCUAGCUUCCUGCUAGGUCCCUUUCUAUUUAGUACACCAAUGUAUCACUUCUUGUUCCUGGUCGUACAGACCCGGUUGUGAUUUAAAGAAAGAUGAAGGUUGUGGUAUAUUCGUACGCCUUGGUAUUCUUUAUCUGCAAAGUUACAGCCUUCAACAAUAUAGCACUCGGGAGGAAUGUUACAGGCUACCACUACAAUCCAGGCUAUACACCCAUUAACAGUGGAAACUUAACGGAUGGGAAUAUCAUGAACAUUUGUGAGAGGUUUAAAGGGAACUCUUUUCACAUCUCGAUCGAUCUCGGAAAGACGUACAACAUAAAAUCAGCAGUGCUUAUAUCCAAAGGCAAUUAUUCAGGGAAUGCAACAUUACAGUAUUACGAUGACUCGAACGACUGGCCUUUUUAUAUAUACAAGACAUAUAUCACAAACAUUCCACCAACAAUAGAGUUUGAUGUUCAGCGAACUGGAAGAUGGAUCUAUUUUUAUUUCUGGGGUCACGUGGGAGAAACUAAAGAAUUGGAGUUAUGCGAGAUAGAAAUAUAUGGUUGUGAGACUGAUUACUUUGGAAGUGACUGUCAGCCAUGUAUCAAGAACGACAACUGUGAAGUCUGUGAUGUAAACAACGGGGAAUGUUAUGUCUGCAAUACUAGUUAUACGGGACCAAACUGUAGCAUGAGCACCGAUAAUGUAGCUCUACAGCAAAACACACAACUGUAUUCCUAUGAUUGGUAUCUUUAUGGUUACAUGUACCAGUCUUCCUAUCUACUGGUGGAUGGAAACACCACACAACCGAGCUGUAUUGAUUUCAAGUCUUACCUGAAUGGAACGACAUUUUCAUUAUACGUUUAUCUUCGGAAUGUGUACAACAUCAAAAGUGUGCGGCUUUAUUUUAUCUAUGAAGGUGUUGCUGAUACUUUCGUCAAUUAUACAGUUUUCAAUUGGAAUUAUGGAUACUCCCAUCAUUCUGGAAUAGAGAGGAUAUCUGCCAACUCUACAGAAGUAAUAAUUCCAUUAUCACACCAAGUACAAUACCUCUACAUCACUUUCAGCUUUUUAGCUGAGGAACUCGCAGAAAUGAGUGAUGUGCCAGUUUUAUUUUGUGAAAUAGAGAUCAAUGGAUGUCCUGCUAAUCAUUACGGCAGUCCUUGCAGACCCUGUCCUGUAAAUUGUGACCAAUGUAAUGCCCUUGACGGGUCCUGUGUUUGUCAGGCUGGAUACAAGGGAGAAAACUGCACUGAAGCGUGUUCGAAUAGCACAUACGGUGUGAACUGUGCGUACAACUGUGGAUAUUGUUUCAACGAAACGUGUGAUCACGUGACUGGGAAUUGUUUACUCGGUUGUGAUGGAGGUUGGACAACAAGUAAAUGUAGUACAGCUUGCAGCAGUGGCUGGUAUGGACAUAGUUGUGCGAUGAGAUGUAGCAGUCAUUGUAUAACACCUCACGUGUGUGAUCACGUUACCGGAACUUGUCUUGGAGGAUGCGCCACCGGAUGGAUAAAUAAAACAUGUGAUUCUGUUGAUACUGAAUACUGCGUUGACUGGGCACCAUCGGAUGUGUCCGUAAGCUAUCAUAAUAUAACAUGGAGACAAGAGGAUGCCGGUUUUGUGGUCAGAUACGAUCCUGCUAUUACCCUUGUAUGCAACUUCAGCGUGAAGUCCGACGAAGAUUUGUUAUAUGAUGUCACAUGGUUCAUUGAUGGACUGGAAGUUGUUAAUCAGACUGUUGACUCGUCCAGUAAUUACACUGCUGUGAUAACGGCGCAUGACUUCCUAAGAGCUCAAAAGAAAAUAGGAUCACAUGUACAUUGCAAAGUCGGGACUAAGCGCAAAUCAGAGGAUAUUCCGUGCCUUUUCAAAAUGGGGAAUCCAUUUUUUGCCGGGAUAAAGAUUGUUAACCCUAAUAUAGAGCUGGAAAGGAAGGGUUCUAGGAACGUAGAGUUGGAGAUGACGAUCCCGUUUGCCACUGAAUCUCUUUAUGUCAAUGGUGUUCCACAAACAGUAAGCGACCUGAAUAUACACAUGACUUUCAAGACGGACGGUCUGUCGAAAUGCAGUGGGGGAGGAUCAUCAAACCAGUGUGAGGUCAAAGUGAAAAGCUACAGCUAUAACGACAGACACAAAUAUCAGAACGAUGAAUGGAAGCAGAACAUAUCAUUUCCGGUUUACAGCCAGGAUACUGAUGGUUACGUCAUCAGUAGUCAAAUGACUCUACGAUUAAAGACAGGAGGGACUAGCGGAAUAGGAAGUAAACUAUUUGAACACGUUCCCCUCCCUGAUAUAUCGAUCCGUGUACGAGAAGCGAACGAAGCAUGGAAAGGAAGGUCUUGUGGUGUUCGAGCAGACCCUCACAUGUACACAUUUGAUGGAAAAUCUUAUGAAUGUCAGAUUCCGGGACAGUUUAUCAACUACAGAAAUCAACAUCAAUUACAAUGGAUUCAAUCCAAACUUCACUUAUGUUUCCCGUCAUAUGGCGGCCCCUGGUGUGUCUGCGCAGUGGCGGCUAGAUCCGGCAGAGACGUGUUUGUCAUCGAUCUGUGUGGAGGAAGUGGCGUCAUCAACUUUGAGUUAUGCGAUGACAACGUUCUUCGAGUGACAAAGGUCCAUGAUAGACAUUACAAGGUAUAUUUUCCCACUGGUACAACCCUUUCAAUAUAUAUCAUGGAAUGGAGUGGGCACUACAACAUUGACCUAGAAAUUCUGCCGUCUGCCCCGGAUGUUGGAAAAGCUGACGGUUUGUGUGGAUAUUUUGACGGAGUAAAAGACAAUGACUUCAAAAGAAGAGACAGCAACAUCACUGACGACAUAAGCAUCAUAUAUCCCAAUGAUUUUUCAAAUUCAUGGAGGAUACAGGACAGUGAGAACCUCUUUACUGGGGACAGUUCGGUCUUCAGCAGUCUGAAGUCUAUAUCUACCAUUCUGGUCCCUCAGUGCACAUGUACCGACGACGGUAAAACCGAGUGUUCUUACAGUACAUUUACACCAUGUAGUUCAAACCGAGGAAAGCAAUAUACCUGUAACGUUCACCUCGUGAAAAACAGGAGGCGGAAAAGAGACGUGUCUGGAGCAGAUCUUUCAGAAACAAGAAACAUCACUUUCGUGCAGACAACGGAGUACGCAGAAGCGGUUUGUAUGCAGGCUUUCCAGGAAUCAUCGGAGUACAGCUUAUGUCAACAGCACGUAACAGACCUUAGUAAUGUCACCGUGUCUAAUUGUAUCGAAGAUAUCAAGAUGACAGGCGAUGAUAACCUUACCCAGAUUCACGUGGAAGCCGCUCUCCAACAGUGUUCAGCGUUUGUUCUUCUUAAUGCGACACUUCAAGAAUCCGAACCCGAGGUCACUUACACAAUAGAAAACAUCUGUCCCAACAACUGCAGCAGUCACGGAACUUGUGAAGGCGGAAACUGCACGUGUUACAGCGGGUACGGCGGAAGUGAUUGUUCGUUUGAUUUACUGGGACCCCCCACAAUAACUGACGUACCCAGCUCUGGUCUGUGUGAUCUGUCCACAUCAUCAUGUAACGAGGCCACCAUCAUGGGGAAAUACUUCUUUGAGAACAUGGACUCCAACUGUUACAUUAGUGUGCAUCAGGUUGAUGUAAACGAAACCACGGUACAAGAAGAACAAAUGCAACUUCCCCUGGAGGAGAGGACUUUGUUUGAGGGUUAUUGUCCCCUUCCUGUCAACAUUUCUGGUACCUGGACCACUGAGAUCAAGUUCAACAUCUCUAACGACGGAGUUCGUUUUACAGAAACAUACAACGUCAUCAUUUAUCAGUCUCAAUGUCAGGAGUAUCAUAAUCAGUCUGGAGAUGUCUUUUUCACCUUAAAGGAUGAGUUUUGCUACAUUGACAGCGCAUGCGUUCGUCCGAUGGAAAAUAGCUCCACAAAUGAAUGUUUAAUAUGCAAUGCUACAAAUGAUAAAUACCAAUGGACGGAAAACGAGGAUUGUAGACAGACUGCAACUGAAUCCAUGUCGACAACAACACUCGACACAACUACUUUUCCAGAGACUGAAUCAAAAAGCUCCACAGAACCAUUUACUGAAACUACAACAGACAGCACGACAGAACACAGCACAACAGAUAAACAGACAAUAAGUAUGUUCUUGUCUACACAGACGGAAACCUCUUCAUUAACCGAAGCUAUGAUUGAGCAAUCAACUAUGUCAGAGUCUACAUCAAGCAGAACAGAAACAGAGACAACAACUGAAGCAAUGCCUUUCCUAUCCUCAACAACAGAUCCAAUAAAAGCAACGUCAAUAGCGUCGGAAUCCACAGCAUCAUCAGCCACAACACUAAAAGCAACAACAGAUUAUGAAGUCUCAACGACAAAUAGAAUAACAACAGUAACCACGAAAAUAGCAUCAGGAGAAACUACGUCAAUGUCCUCAGAAACACAGACAACCUCUGCUACAUCAAAAUCCCCUGAAACAGAAUCAACUUCUACUACAUCAACAUCCCCAGAAACAGAAUCAACUUCUACUACAUCAAAAUCCUCAGAAACAGAAACAACUUCUACUACAUCAAAAUCCCCAGAAACAGAAACAACUUCAACAACAAGAAGAUCCACAACUGAUUCUUCAACGACCAUUACAUCACCGACGAGAGAAAGAGAAACAACCACAGCCAGAUCCACGACAACAGAAAGUACAUCAACAAAAUAUACAGAAGAACCGUUACAGUCUCCAAUCACGAAUAUACACCUGGCUGUUGGAGCAUCUGUUUCUGUUGCGGGUCUACUAGCUUUAUUUGUCAUCGUUGGAAUGGUGGCCAGAUAUUGUAGAAAACCGAAUAAACAAUCACAGCUACGACAGGAAAAUGGUGACGAAUCCAGAAACUGGAGGGACAUGUUGGUAUCUACACCACAGGACGCCAUUUCCCCUCGUCCUUACAAGGAUUCGUUUAUCCCGCAUGCUACUUCCCAUCACUUCAAAUCUUUGGGCGGAUCGCACAGAAAUAGUUUUGACAGCAGAUUGCAGAAAUGGUGAAGAGAACUAAUCUUUACAGAUUGAAAUUGUUAAAGAAUAUUUGCUACCAAUUUAGCGUUGUUAAUUUUUUGUUACCAUCUAGUAUACUGUAGAACACUUUUAUUUCGCGAUACUUUAAUUUCGCGACGAAACAAUGAUGUAUCCAUUCACGAAAUGUAAUCCUCUCGAGUCAUCUAUUUCUUAAGCCUCCUAUACUUGGAGAGUUUUACACAAGAAACAAUUGAAAUAAAUCUAGUAGACAAUCGGGGGGGGGGGGGGGGGGGGGGUAAGUGCACGUCUUUCUUAUAUCAUUUAAUUUUCGCCGGAAUUCAAAAUUAUUGAAAUAUAUCUCCGUGAGUAACAUAUUGUAAAACUUAUACGGUACCGUGAGUAACAUCUAUCAGAUACAAUGUAGCCUUAACACAACAUACAUAUAUUCCUAUCUGUAUUUUCAUUGCUUUUUACCGUUUUAGCACGUUUUCUUCAACUACCAUCGAGCAUUGUGUAUUGUAUUUUAGCGGGCAAUCUAGGGUAUAUUGUAAAACUUUUACACGAGAAAUAGAUUGUAGCAAACAAUCUGGUCAUCGGGGUGUUAAGAGGAUGCCUUUGCUAUAUUAGUUAAUUCCGCAUGAAGGAUACAUUCAAAAUUAUUGAAAUAUAUUUUUCUAAAGGUGAUGUACAUCUGACAUGAUCUGAUUACUUUUGCAUCUAAACGCAAUACACUAUUGUUCCCAGGAUUUGGUCGUUACCAUAUAUAAUAUCUUAUUGUAUACAACGUAGGCUACACACAAGAUCCCUAAAAGUACUUUAGUGUUAAUGACCGAUAUUUAAAAAAAUGGUAUUAUAUUUUUCAAUUACUACAUGAAAAGAAAUGUUUAACUGAUAAAAGUUUAAUUACUGUAUAUUGAUUACAGUAGCUCGAUUUUCCAGGUAACUGGUUUAUUUUAGAUAUAGUAACAUUGCGAGUCAACAGUACAAAUGAUUUGUAGUGUAAUUUUUUAUUUAUACGCAAAACAAUUUAUUUAGACUUGUAUAUGCUAUCAACUUGGUUAAUAACAUGUGUUUUGUGUACAAUGUAGUCUUCGCACAACAUCGUUGUAUCCCUAUUUGUAUUUUCAAUGUGUUUUUUUUUUUCAAUUCUAAUACGUUUUCAUUAAAUGAUAUUACCACUAUG